AUGUCAACUAAUUGCAAGUUUUCUGGUUCAAAUGGCACAUCGCAAGAAAGUUUCAAGCUGAGGAAGUCAAAGGAGCUUUUGCAUGGGCCUAAUUCUGCCAGGAAAUGGAGGAGAAAGUUUCUGUUUCUCUGGUUUUUAGGUGUUGCUGUUACUUUAGGGAGCAUUUGGUUUCUCUCGAACUUCCAUAGUGGGGCGCUGGGAAGUAAAGGACAGAGUUUAGAUUCAUGUGAAGGAGGAGCUUCCGUCUUGCUUCACCAUUUCAAUGUCAGCAAGAACCAGCUUCAUGCUUUGGGUUCUUUGUUCUCUGAUUCAGAUCAGAUAGCAUCCCUUGAGUGUACCAAGGAACCAGCACCUGAAAUGCUAAUAAAUGAUGGCAUUGCCUGUGCACUGAAGGUACCAUGUUCAAAGAAGCAGGAAUUUCAACAACACAUCGGAUGGGUUGCUGAAGAUUUAAGGCCUAAUGGUAAAUGCCUGGUUCAAGAUGAGAAUGAAUUCAGGAAGCUUGAUCAAUCAAUUCUGAACGAGUCUGUAUCAUUUGUUUCACAAUCUACAAUUUCAUCAAUGUCACAGGAUUGUGGAAAGACAAGGGAAGUGGACUGUUCAGAAGAUAAUUGUAAAAUUUUGUCAUUUGAUUUGGUAAAAGAAUGUUGGUGGGUCCUUGUUGGAGUGAUAGUGAGCAGCAUACUAUUGGGUUAUCAUGUAAAGUUCUGGGGGAAGCAUUUGCAGAAGCUAGUUCAGCUGGAGCCAGUGCCUCAGCAGCAGCAACAAAUGUUGCAGAUGAAUCAGCAACCACUAUUCCAGAGUCCUCCUAGAGGUGCUGGCAAGUGGAGGAAGAAGCUUCUUAUAAUAUUUGUCAUGCUUGGAGUGCUUGUGUCUAUUUGGUUGUUUUGGCACUUGAAUCAAAAGAUAAUAACAAGGAGGGAAGAGACUCUUGCCAACAUGUGUGAUGAGCGAGCACGAAUGUUACAGGACCAGUUCAAUGUUAGCAUGAACCACGUACAUGCCUUGGCUAUCCUUGUAUCAACCUUUCACCAUGGCAAAAAUCCUUCUGCUAUUGAUCAGAAAACAUUUGGUGAAUAUACCAAGAGAACAGAUUUUGAGAGGCCACUUACUAGUGGUGUUGCUUAUGCUCUGAAAGUUCCUCAUUUAGAGAGGAAGCAAUUUGAGAAGCAGCAUGGAUGGACAAUUAAGAAAAUGGAAACGGAGGACCAGACUCUAGUCCAAGACUGUAUUCCAGAUAAAUUGGAUCCUGCGCCCAUCCAGGAUGAAUAUGCACCUGUGAUUCUUUCUCAAGAAACAGUUUCUCACAUUGUCUCCAUUGACAUGAUGUCUGGAAAGGAAGACCGUGAGAACAUCUUACGAGCAAGGGCAUCUGGCAAGGGAGUGUUGACAUCUCCUUUUAAGCUUUUGAAAUCAAAUCAUCUGGGAGUUGUACUCACAUUUGCUGUCUAUAGUGCGGACCUCCCUCUAGAUGCUACUCCAGAACAAAGAAUUGAAGCCACUGUUGGGUAUCUUGGCGCAUCUUAUGAUGUACCAUCUCUAGUGGAGAAGCUUCUGCACCAACUUUCCAGCAAGCAAACAAUUGUUGUAAAUGUCUAUGACACAACUAAUGCAUCUGCUCCCGUUCUCAUGUAUGGCACUGAUGUUACCGAUACUGGCCUUCUGCACAUAAGUGGUCUCGACUUUGGGGAUCCAUUGCGGAAGCAUGAAAUGCAUUGCAGGUUCAAGCAUAAACCUCCUUUACCUUGGACAGCAAUAAAUGCAUCAGUUGGAGUCCUUGUUAUUACUCUUCUUGUUGGCCACAUCUUUCAUGCAGCCAUUAGUAGGAUUGCAAAGGUUGAAGAGGAUUAUCGUGAGAUGAUGGUGCUCAAAGCUCGUGCUGAAGCUGCAGAUGUGGCAAAAUCGCAGUUUCUUGCAACUGUUUCCCACGAAAUCAGGACCCCAAUGAAUGGUGUUUUAGGUAUGCUGCAAAUGCUUAUGGAGACUGAUCUCGAUGUAAACCAGAUGGACUAUGCUAAGACUGCUCAUAGUAGCGGAAAAGAUCUAAUCGCACUGAUCAAUGAGGUUCUAGAUCAGGCGAAGAUAGAAUCAGGCCGGCUAGAAUUGGAAGAUGUUCCCUUUGAUCUGCGUGCUGUUCUCGAUAAUGUUCUAUCACUUUUUUCAGGAAAAUCAAACGAAAAAGAGAUCGAGUUGGCUGUUUAUGUUUCUGACCGGCUUCCAGAAGUUGUUAUUGGUGACCCUGGACGGUUUCGGCAGAUAAUUACGAAUCUUGUUGGAAAUUCGAUGAAGUUCACACGCGACAAAGGGCAUGUGUUUGUCUCAGUGCAUCUAGCAGAUGAAGUGAGAAGCCCUCUUGAUGUCAAGGAUGCAGUACUAAAACAAGGCCUGGAGUUUGUUCAGGAUACAUCAAGAAAAGUUUAUGACACGUUGAGUGGGUUUCCUGUUGUCAACAGAUGGAAAAGUUGGGAGCAAUUUAAGAAGUUAAGCUGCAUAGAUACUAAGGAUGAACCUGAAAUGAUUAGAUUACUAGUUACAGUCGAGGAUACAGGGGUGGGAAUACCUGAAGAUGCACAGACCCGUAUUUUCACACCUUUUGUCCAAGCUGACAGUUCCACUUCCCGGGAAUAUGGUGGAACGGGAAUAGGAUUAAGUAUUAGCAAAUGUCUGGUGGAUCUCAUGGGUGGGGAGAUUGGGUUUGUUAGUGAACGUGGCAUUGGCAGUACCUUUUCGUUUACUGCUUCGUUCAGGAAAGGAGAAUCAACUUCUUUGGAUAAAAAGUGGCAGCUCUACGAUACAGCUGUUUCGAAAAUCCGAGGAGGGAGAGCCUUGGUAAUUGAUAAAAGCAGUGUCCGAGCUGAGGUCACAAGAUAUCACCUGCAGAGAUUGGGAAUAACUGCAGAUAUAGAACCCAGUCUGAAGUCAGCAUGCUUCUAUCUAUCUAGUGGUGACUACCCAAGUGUUCCAGCAGAUUUGCGUAUGGUUCUUAUUGACAAAGAUGCUUGGGACAAGGAAUCUGGCAUUUCUUUCUAUCAUUUGCUGAAAAUGCCCAAGAAAAAUGGUGGGACAGAUAUCCGGGUAGACCUUUCGAAGAUUUUUCUUUUGGCUACUGCCAUCAGCUCUGAUGAUCGCUCAGAGCUAAAAACCUCUGGUUUGGUAGAUAAUGUACUGAUGAAACCUCUACGGUUAAGUGUCUUAAUCACUUGCUUCCAAGAAGCCUUUGGAAAUGGUAAGAAGAGUGAAGUAAAUAGGAAGAAACCACCAACAGUUCAGAAUUUACUUAGAGGAAAACAAAUUUUGGUGGUGGAUGACAAUCUGGUUAACAGAAGAGUGGCUGAAGGUGCCCUUAAAAAGUAUGGAGCAAUUGUUACCUGUGUGGAGAGUGGCAAGGCUUCUUUAGAAAAGCUUAAACCACCACAUGGUUUUGAUGCUUGCUUCAUGGAUUUCCAAAUGCCAGAAAUGGAUGGCUUUGAAGCUACCCGUCGAAUCCGGUCUAUGGAGAGGCAAUGUAAUGAGCAAAUUGCAUCUGGAGAAGCAUCAAUGGAGAUGUUUGGAAAUGUGGAAUAUUGGCACACACCAAUAUUGGCAAUGACAGCUGAUGUGAUUCAGGCAACAAAUGAAGAAUGUCUGAAGUGUGGGAUGGAUGAUUAUGUAUCAAAGCCAUUUGAAGAAGAGCAGCUUUACAAUGCUGUGGCACGUUUUUUGAGUCUAGUUGACAGAGUGGAUUGGCAUACUAGAAGUUGCUUACAUCUCUUCAGCCAGCUGGCUGAUCCUUGUAUUUUGGUUGACCCUAAAUGCAUUUGGUUGGCUAACUGGCAACAAGCCUCAGCUAUGAGGUCAUGGAAAGAAUGGUUGAUGCCACGUUUUUCUUAUCUUUCCACCUCUGGUAAUUUCUAG